GUAAAUAGACGCCGGAGCCCAAGAUGGCGGAGCCGCCUAGUCCCGGUCGUGGCGCGGCGCCCCCCGAGCAGGAGCCGCUCGGCGCCAGGGCGGCCCCGGACGCGAAGGGUUCCCGCGGGUCCCAGCCGGCCGCCAAGAAGGUGAAGGGAGCCGAGGAGCGGAGCCUGAAGGGCGCGAAGCGCGUCAACGGCGAAGGGGGCGGCGGUGGCGGCGGGAGCGCCAAGCAGCCGCUGCCCGCGGUCGUGCCGAGCUACGGCGGCCCCGCGCCCUGGGGCUUCGCCGCGCUGCCCUCGGGCCCCUCGGCGGGCGCGGGGGGCUUCGCCUUCCCUGCCCCGCUGCCCCGGAAGCUGCUGCCGCCCGCGGUGCUGCUGCCGCCGUCCGCCUCCCCCUCCUCGUCCCACCCGCAGCACCAGCACCGCCACCACCGGCACCGCCUGGCGCUGGCGGCAGAGCCGGGGGGCGGCGGGAGUGGCGGGAGCGCCAAGCCCAAGAGGCCCAAGGAAAAACGGGACAAGGAGAGGAGGAAGCACGGGGCGCUGCCCGUGGUGGCGGCAGCGGCGGGAGAUGGCGGCGGGGGCCUGAGCCGGGAGGAGAACGGGGAGGUGAAGCUGCUGUUCCCGAAAGCUCAAAUCAAAGACAAAGUUAAAGAAAGGGAAAAGAAGCAAAAAGAGAAGAAGAAGCAUAAAAUAAUGAAUGAAAUCAAGAAAGAAAAUGGAGAGAUCAAAUUAUUGCAGAAAGGUGGGAAGGAGAAACCAAAAACCAAUGCAGAAGAGCUACAGAUUAAAAAAGUUAAGAAGAAAAAGAAAAAGAAACAUAAAGAGAAUGAGAAGAGGAAGCGUCCAAAAAUGUACAGCAAAUCCAUUCAGACCAUCUGCUCAGGAUUGGUUUCUGAUAUUGAGGAUCAGGAAACCAAAGGCAUCAUAGAUGAUCAUCUUAAGGAUUUCAGUGGGAAAAAUAUGGAUCCCAAGAAGGACUGUGAGUCCAAGAUACCAGAGAACAGUGAGUUUCCAUUUGUCUCGUUAAAGGAGCCACGGGUUCAAAAUAAACUCAAAAGGUUGGACACAUUGGAGUUCAAACAGCUGAUUCAUAUUGAGCACCAGCCUAACGGAGGUGCAUCAGUUAUCCAUGCCUACAGUAAUGAACUCUCCCACUUGUCUCCUGUGGAGAUGGAGAGAUUUGCAGAAGAGUUUGUGGGUCUGGUUUUUAGUGAAAAUGAAAACUGUGCAGCUUACUAUGUAAUGGGUAUUGUUCAUGGGGCAGCUACUUAUUUACCUGACUUUUUAGACUACUUUUCGUUUAAUUUUCCCAAUUCACCAGUGAAAAUGGAGAUUUUGGGAAAGAAAGAUAUAGAGACAACGACUAUGUCAAAUUUUCAUGCUCAGGUAAAAAGAACAUACUCUCAUGGUACGUAUAGAGCUGGCCCAAUGAGACAGAUCAGCCUGGUUGGAGCAGUUGAUGAGGAAGUGGGGGAUUACUUCCCUGAAUUCCUUGAUAUGUUGGAAGAAUCACCCUUCUUAAAAUGUACACUGCCAUGGGGAACACUUUCUAGUUUAAAAUUAGAGAGUCGUAAAGACAGUGAUGAUGGUCCCAUUAUGUGGGUACGUCCAGGAGAACAGAUGAUCCCUGUGGCUGACAUGCCAAAGUCACCUUUCAAAAGGAAGAGAACUACCAAUGAAAUAAAAAACUUGCAGUACCUACCUCGAACCAGUGAACCCCGUGAAAUGCUAUUUGAAGACCGGACACGAGCCCAUGCAGAUCACAUAGGACAAGGCUUUGAACGACAGACUACAGCUGCUGUGGGAGUGUUGAAGGCUGUGCACUGUGGGGAGUGGUCUGAGCAGCCUCGUAUAACCAAAGAUGUAAUUUGUUUUCAUGCUGAGGACUUCUUGGAGGUAGUUCAGCGAAUGCAGUUAGAUUUGCAUGAGCCUCCACUCUCACAGUGUGUCCAGUGGGUUGAUGAUGCAAAACUUAAUCAGCUGCGAAGGGAAGGCAUCCGAUAUGCCAGAAUCCAGUUAUUCGAUAAUGACAUUUAUUUUAUCCCAAGGAAUGUUGUGCACCAGUUCAAAACAGUCUCAGCUGUGUGCAGUUUGGCUUGGCACAUCCGGCUCAAGCUCUACCAUUCAGAGGAAGAACUCUCUCAAAACAUGAGUACUGUCGAAGCAGAGACCUCUGCAGACCCCAAGUCUUCGGUUGCUGGACUUCAGACUGACAAGAGAGUUUGUACCAUGGGCAAAGAUACCUCCGAAGACACCAAACUCUCAGAUGCUCUGCAGACCAAGUACCUGCAGCAGGAAUUUAUGCCGAUAAAACACGAACCUCUUGCAUCUCACCAGAUAAAAGAAGAGCCCAUGAAUGUCGAUCUUGCUGAAAAGACCGUGGCCCCUAAUGACGUCGGGGGACAGAAUGUUCAGUCUAGGCUGGAUCACGUUGAGUUGACAUCAUUAAAGUUGGAAAUGGAUUCUAAAUUUGAACCUGGCAACAAGGACUUGCAAGGCAAGUUGUGCUCUGGAGGUCACGUACAUCCAGAUGAUACAAGACAACAUAGUUCAUCAUAUCCAAAACUGCAUGGACAAAGAGAGGAUGAUUUUUUGUGCUAAAUUUGUAUAUAUGGUUUUAAAUUCCUUUUUAAACUUAAUGAUGUAAUAAUGUAAAGAUCAUAAAUUGUGAGGCAAGCUUGUGACUUGCCUUCGCAUCUGUUACAGAAAAUAGUUAUGUAGCUUUGUAACAUUCCUCAGUGCCUGUCCAUAACUGUGAAGUAUCAAAGCACUUAGGGCCAGAUGCACUGUAAACACUGCAGGUUUAACAUAAAGAAGUCUUUAAAUAAUUUUGAGUUGUAGGUUUUAGAGUAGAGCUGACAUUUAACAUAUAUAUUUUUUGUAAGAUGAGCCAGAAUUCUUUUUGACAAUUCCAGGCUUUUCCAUAGAGCUUAUUUAUACCAAUUUUUUCAUUUUAAAUGUGUCAGCACUGUAGUGUAAAUAUCUUUUUUAAAAAUCUUUUUAGUGUGAUUUAUACUGAAAUGUGAGCCGCUUAAUAAAGGUUCAUAAUAACAGAUUGGUUUUAUUUUUGGGUCUGCAAAAAAUAAUUCAGUUAAACUGCCUCUCUUAAGUGGUUGUGUUUCUACCUGCACUAAUGCAUAGGAUGCCCUUACACCUUGUGGGUGAGGAGCUGUAGCAAACUGAGGUAGAGCUGAGGCAUCUUUGUAAAUGCAGAUUAGUCAGAAUGCAGAAUCAGUCAUCCCUUCAUAGGACUCCUUACAGGUGCUCGUUCAAGGCACUCCCCAAACUCCUGCUGUCAGAUAUGAAUUGGAACAAACUGCCCUCCUUGUUGUGGGGGCACCUGGUGGCCUCCAGGAGCGCUGCCAGUACCCACCUGCACCUCUCCAGAGGAGCUGGUGCAAGGCAGCCAUCUCCCUUCUGUGCCUGCCUCUUCAUCGUGCUCAAGGCACAGUUAAGACAGUUCCAUUUCACAUGGAAAAAAACCCUGGCAAAACAAACCAAAAAAGCAACCAUCCCCUCAAAUCAGUAAUCUGACUAAAGUUAAAACACAUAAUAUUUAAAUAGUUACUUAUCAAACUACAAAGGCCUCAACUUUAGCAGUGACCUGUGAUUCACAGAGACAUAUCUGGAUUUGAAUUGCUCCCUGUGCUGAUAGUGCCAGGCAAUAAGGAUACUUGCCAAUGUGUAUAGUAGGAAGGUUCCUCAUGAGUCACAGUUUGGAAGCAGGAGGUGUUCCAUUAACAAAAUAACAGCGGUGUCCAAGUUAAGUGUUCUCCUGCCCCACCUGUGGAACACUUGGAUUCUCUUAGGCUGUGUUCUGAGGGAAGAGGAUUUUGAGGCUAGCUAGCAUCUGAUGUGGUAAUGGCAAAACUCUGUCACUUAACUUAUUUAUUCUCUGUGUAAUGUAUUCCUGUGUAGUUCAAACACAGCUGAAUGAUGUGUCUUUUUCAGAUAGCUUCACAUAGCAGUAAACUUCCCUGAGCAUGUCCUUCAGCUAAGUAUGUAAAACUUAAGAUCCAAGGCCUGUUAUUUUCAAAGCCCUCUGUAUCUGAUUUUUGUUUGGAUUUUUCUGUAGAACUUUCUGGAAGUUGUACAUCCUUAUGUACCCAAUUUAUAACCUUCAGUGCACUUGAUGAUCACUUGGCUUGAUUUGUAGCAAUAGAACAACAUGAUUUUCAGGUGAUGUCUAAUUCAACUACCUGAGAUCCUUCUGUUGCAAAUGUUUUUUGCUUAUGGAUUGUUAAAAUUUAAAAUGUACUCACACCUGGCACUAAAAUCAGCUAUUUAAUGGAUGAGUGCCCUGAUUUGUUUAAUCUAAAAUAGGUCUGUCAAGGAAUUACUAAUUAAAUCAAUAUUUGAAUUGCUAAACAUUACUCCUACAUAGCCAUAAUUACAUAUUAGAGAAGCAAUAGAAACGUGAGUCUCUUGGAUGUGGCUAAAACAUCCUCAAGUCUUACUGCUGUUUUCUUUGAUGCUGGCUAAGAGAUUACUACCAGUUUUGCAGCCUCAGGGAUCUUGCUUUCCCCUCACCCCAUGAGCAGAUUCAUGUGUGACAUGGUAAAUCAUUACUCUGGCAGACUCUGAUUUGAAAAAAUUGGUUCAUGUAAGAAUUUGAGCCUUCCUGAUAGUAGGAAUGUGGUCUCAGCUCCCUUUGUGUUUUCUGGAUUAUCUGGAACCUUCCACCCAUAAUCUCUUUGGCUGUAUGAACAUCCGUACACAAUUACGUAGCCUUCCAUUCCAGUUCUCUGUGCUGGCCGUGGGAGAACAGUGACAGAGCAGAGCUGCAGGUUAUAGUUUGCACCAAGUGUGAAGCUCUCCAGGGGGAUUAGCCAAAGACUCCAGCUUUAGCAAAACCAGCCUUGCCAGAUACUGCUUUUUAGAAUAAAAUACAGACAAAACAACCCCCCAAGACUAUUCAGUUGACUUAAAAUAGAAAUGUUACCAGUGUGCUGGUGAUGAAUGUGCUGACCAUUCCUGCUGGUUCAAGUAAUGUUUUGUAACCUCUCAGAUUUUAGUGAAGUGUGUACACCCCCUGGGACAGCUGAUAACUUUCUGCAGCAUAGGCCCUGUCCAGACUGAAAUAAUAAAUUUGUGAAAAUGGUUUAGCAAAUAUGACUUUACACUUAAGAGUAGAACUUUGUUUCCUUUUGAAGACCUGCUCAGUGGUCUUGGCAGACGUGGCCUCAGACUUAUGUUCAGGUACCUCUUGGUUCUGAGAUUUUACUUUUAAACUCACAUCUUCAAAACACUUUUUUUAUCACUUUCAGAAUUUUAAGAGAUUCAGAAAAGUGGCAGUUUUUUUGUGAUUUUUAUGCUUUCUUUCAUUUUUUUGAGACAGCCUAGAUUCUCACUUCUGUCAGAAUUCCUUGCAGACAGAGUAUAAACCAUGCUGGGAUUACCAAUGCCUAUGAGACCUCCCUUUGCAUUCACAGGUGUCAGCUUUUAAAAGAAAAAACAGAAGUAUUGUCCUCUCCCUGUGGUGUGUCCAUUUUGAUGGGUUUGUUCUUUGAGGUGGGAGUAGUCCUGAAAAUUUCACCUCCCAAAUUCAUUAGUCUGACAAAGGUCUUGCUUUGAUUUCAAGUGGUCCUGUGCUACAACCUUUAUACCUGUUGCAUAUAACUUCAUCUUCAGACUUUUGCUUCAGCAAUAAAUCUUUCAUGCCUUUUGGUGUACUGAAAUUAGUCCUUGCUUGUUGAUUUUGCCCCUUCUCUGGCUUUUGGCGAUGCAUAAAUCUUUGUUAUUUAGGCUGAGAUCUCCAGUUUUAGUUGUCUCUCUUGGCCCUUGUUCUUGUGCAGAUUGGAGAGAUCUGCCCAAGGCCUGUGCACUUGCAGUGGCAUCCCAGUUAAUGACAUGAUGUGCAGAAAUUUAGAUGUUUUCCUAGAUCCUUGUACAUAUUUUUGGGUAGCAAAGAACUGCAUUGUUAUGGUUGCUACCAAGAGCUUUCAAGGGGGUAGCUGCCACUUCUUUUUUUUCUUUGUAUUACUGAAUCUUUUACAUUUCACUGGCAACUGACUUCGUGUGUUACAUUCAAGUGUUACUCAGUGUUGUGUCACCCCCAGCCCUCCAAAUGCCUGCAAAUUGACUCUGAAAGAACAUUCUCAUUACAGGUACUGCUGGCAUGCAGAUUUUCCCUUCCUUGUUACUUUAGUGAAUAUUUCAAUACUACCUUAACUGAAAUAUUAAUUCUAUCUAGUAUUAGAAAUAAAGUAUUAUUUCAGAGGGUGAUGAUUUAAUUACUCAUCUGUGAAAGAAUUCCUUGGUGAUAAAUAAAGUUGAUUUUUAUGCAGAUAUACAUGUGCACAGUAAAAAAGUUGGAAUUGCAAAUUAUGUAGGAAAUGGAAAUUUGAAGUAGUAGAAUGCUGUGAAACAGAUUCGAAACAUUACAAAUUUGGAAAAAUGAGUAAGUCUUCCAAGAAACACAGGACUGGUAUUCAUAGAUCAAAACUACUACUUUCUGAGAUCUGCAUGUGAAUGAGGAUGCUGAAUUGACUGAAAUAAAUCCAUGAUUUUUUUCCUUGCUCAUGGGCAAAAUAAACUGUUGUGAGAGUAGACUACCACGUGACCCUGCUAGGCUGAAAACUGUACUCAUUCUGAUCAAGAGAUCAAAGAACUCUCAACUCUCUUGUUCUAAAGUUCAAGCUUCUCAAGUGUCAUUUUACUUAUUUCCUUCUAGUGGUCAGGUAUGUAGAGAGCCUUGUCUUUAGUCAGCCCAGCGCCUGUACCUUACCCUGGAUGUAUCCAAGCUAGAAAUGGAAAGGACAAAUUUUCACUGCUCUCUGCUUUGCUGUGAAUGACUGUCGAGAAUGUUUUCUUUGGUUAUGAGUCACUGUAUUCAGCUGAUACUUUAUUACUUUCUUAAACAGAUGAAAUGCACUUUAAAACUGUAUAAUAGAAGAUACUGAUAUUUUGUGCAGAUCCCACUGAAUUUGCAGCAUAUGUGGGAAAAUUUGGGGAACUGAUUCCCAUCAGUCACUCAUUUCAUUUUUCUUAGAAAUGCAAAUUAUUUUGUGUUCUGUUCAGAAGCAGUGAUUAACUUCACAAUAUCUAGGCUGCUGUUUCUGUUAGAAUCAUCAGGGAUACUGACUUUGCAAAUUUAGUGUAUUAUAUUCUAACCACUGUUUUUCUCUGUGCUUUGAUGCUGAUAUUAUCUCUGCUUUGGAGCCGUGCUGUACUUGAGUGCCAGCUAAACACUGAUCUUCUCUUGUUCUGGUCAUGCUGAUAGAUGAGCCUACUGAUGGGGGCGUUAGUCCUAAAUAGUCCUUUAAUAUUUGAUGUACAGUUAUCUGAUACAAACAUUGAUUAAAACAGCAGUUUAAACUUC